AUGUACAUAUGUUACAGUCAUAAAUAUUUUUUGUUCUCUAUAAUAAUUUUACAUUUUUCAAAUUUUAUUUGUCAAUUAAAAGAAAUUAAUACUGGAAAUAGUUCUAUAAAUUGUAAAUCUCCAACAAAACCAUGUGUUUAUACAAAAACACGUAAAAUUGGAGCAUAUUAUGUAGUACCAAAAUAUAAACUUCAUACAUGUGUAAUGGGAAAAAAUUUCAGUUCAAUGAUUGUAGCAAUUUUUUGUUACUUAUUUGAUGAAAAAAAAUUUUUUUCAAUUCAUAAUCAUUUAAAUGAAGAUUAUUUUAAUAAUCAUGCAUGUAAAAAAGAAAAUCAAGGUAAGACAUUUAAAGAAUUAAUAAAAAAAUAUAGUAAUGGAAAAAAAAAAUAUUUUUUUAAUAAAUGGAAACAUUUUAUUAUAAUAAGAAAUCCAAUUGAAAGAUUUAUUAGUGGUUUUACACAUAUUUGUGUUUAUGGAAAGGAUUCAUUGAUAUCUAAAAAAACAUGUUUCAAUUGUAAUGGUGAUAUUGAAUGUUUUAUUAAUAAAUUGUAUGAAGAAAUUUUUUUAGUAUUAAAUGGUAAGAAAAAGUAUGCCGAAUAUCAUUUAAGACAUCAUUUUUUUCCUCAAAGUUGGUUAGUAUAA